ACAACAGUCUGCCUCGCAUCAGUCUUACUCGAAUUGCGCACACGCUCGGACCACGCAAUGAUCACGAUCGCUAUAGUUCUAAUAGUGCUCGUCGCGCUAUACCUUUAUAAUGUCAGAACAUUUGACUACUGGGAAAAACGAGGUGUUAAACACGACAAACCAGUGCUACUCUUUGGCAACAAUGCCGACAACUAUCUAAUGCGUAAAAGCGUUACCGAAAAAGCUGUCGAAAUGUAUUGGAAAUAUCCUAACGAAAGGAUCGUGGGCUUCUUUAGAUCCACUAGGCCAGAGCUCGUAAUAAGGGAUCCGGAGAUUGUGAAGCAUUUGUUAGUUAGCGAUUUUUAUCACUUUUAUCCGCGCGGUCUUAUCUCUAAUAGAAAAUAUAUUGAGCCAAUUAUGAAGAACUUGUUUUUUGCGGAUGGAGACCUAUGGCGGUUGUUGAGGCAGCGUAUGACGCCGGCAUUCACCAGCGGCAAGCUGAAGGCGAUGUUCCCGCUGAUCGUAGAGCGCGCAGAGCGGCUGCAGGAGCGCGCCCUCGCUGCCGCCGCUGGUGCCCAUACCAUCGACGCCCGUGACCUCAUGGCCCGCUACACUACCGACUUCAUUGGCGCCUGCGGCUUUGGCAUUGAUGCCGACUCGCUCAACGAAGAGGAAUCAGCUUUUCGAAAAUUAGGCGCUAGCAUCUUUAAAACCGAUGCCAUGCGUUUCAUUACUUCGAUCUUAAAAGAGUUUAUGCCCAGACUGUUCUACCCUUUAAAACCAAUGGGUCAGGUAGAGAAGGGCAUAAAAGAACUAGUAGGUGCAAUUUUAAAGGAAAGAAAAUAUGAACCAUCAAGCAGGCAUGACUUUAUCGAUCUUCUGAUAGAAAGCAAGAAAAAAGGGUUAAUGACAGGAGAAUCAAUAGAACAUAUGAAAACCGAUGGAACUCCAGAGGUUUCUAGUCUAGAAAUGGAUGAAGAGUUGAUGGCUGCUCAAGUAUUUAUAUUCUUCGCUGCUGGGUUUGAGACAUCAUCUUCGGCCACAAGUUUUACUUUACACCAAUUGGCGUAUAACCCUGAUGUACAGAAAAAAGUACAAGAGGAAAUUGACAGGGUUCUUGCUGAGCACAAUAAGAAGCUCAGUUACGAUGCUGUGAAAGAAAUGACUUAUCUAGAUUGGACAUUUAAAGAAGGCAUGAGGAUGUUUCCAUCACUUGGAUUCCUAAUAAGGGAGUGUUCCCGUAAAUACACUAUCCCGGAGACUGAUGUCACCAUAGACGAAGGAGUUCGCAUUUUAGUACCUUUACAGGCUCUGCAUAUGGACCCUAAGUACUUCGAGGAUCCUGACGAGUUCCGGCCGGAGAGGUUUAGUCAAGAAGAGUUUAAUUCGGUGCAGAAGAGUAUCUAUUUGCCGUUUGGUGUUGGUCCUCGCGCAUGCAUCGGUGAGAGGCUGGGCUUGAUGCAAUCUUUGGCGGGGUUAGCGGCCAUCCUCUCAAAGUUUACGGUAUUACCGGCACCAGAAACCGUGCGGCGGCCUAUAGUGGAACCCAAGUCGGGCAUCGUGCAGAGUAUAAAAGGAGGUCUGCCUUUAAUGUUCAAUGAGAGAAAGUAAACCGACCAGGUCAUUUGGGUAUGCAAAAUUCUAAGUUGUAGGUAAUACUCUUAAGAAGGAAGGUAAACUGAGGUUACUUUUAAUCGCAGGGAAACAUUGAUCAUCGAUUUUUGAGAAAUAGGGAGUUGAGUUUUGAAGAGAAUUUUAAGGUAACGUUGCGUUGGCGACCUUAACAUAAACACAUGAUGAAAGCGUUCAGAAACCAAUUAAAAGUCGAUGAUCAAUUUUUCCCCGCAAUUCAAAAUAACCCCAGUUUACCGGCGCUACUUACAUACGCUGUUAGUCAGUAAUUGUAGCUAAUCAUAAAUAAAUAAUUGUAGCUUUAAUUGUAUCGAAAAAUUAUGAUAAGACUUUAGUUAAUCAUACAUGAGUGCUUUAAUGCAAUGAUUCAUCUAACUAACUUUUUGCUGUGGACGGUCGUCUUAAGAAAUACUAGCAGAAAUAAUUUAGAAACUUCCCAUACAUUAA